AUGUGCGAGUAUGUCGAUGACAUUAAGUAUGUUAUUAACUAUGACUACCCUAAUAAUUCUGAAGACUACGUUCACCGCAUUGGUCGUACCGGUCGCCGGGACAAGACGGGUACAGCAUACACAUUCUUCACGCCGCAAAAUGCGCCCAAGGCAAGAGAUCUUAUAAAGGUUCUGGAAGAAGCCGGCCAACAAGUUCCUCAGCCACUUCGUGAUUUACAAGGACGAGGUGGUAGUGGCAAUAGCCGAGGUCGUUGGGCUGGAAGUGGCGGCGGUGGAAUGAAACGUGGAUACAGUGGAGGAGACGAUUAUGGUGGAAAGAAGGGAAGUGUUAAAGCUUUGUUUCUUAUCUUUGCGUCAUCACUUACAAAGGGAUUAUUUUUAGAUGUCGAUGACAUUAAGUAUGUUAUUAACUAUGACUACCCUAAUAAUUCUGAAGACUACGUUCACCGCAUUGGUCGUACCGGUCGCCGGGACAAGACGGUA